AUGUCAGAAGAUCAAGGUUCAGGAGCAACAAGAGUUAAAUUAGUAGUUGUCGGUGAUGGUGCUGUUGGUAAAACAUGUCUUUUAAUUUGUUAUGCACAAAAUGAUUUUCCAGUAGAUUAUGUACCAACUGUUUUUGAAAAUUAUACAGCAACCAGAAAGAGAGGAAAUGAAGAUAUUAAAGUACAUUUAUGGGAUACUGCAGGCCAAGAAGAAUAUGAUCGUUUACGUCCAUUAUCAUACCCAGGCGCUGAUGUUGUUCUCCUUUGUUUCAGCACAAUCAGUCAAUCAUCAUAUGAAGCCAUUAGAGAUAAAUGGGCACCAGAAGUUAAUCACUAUAUCCCAGAUGUACCAUCAAUUUUAGUUGGUACUAAAAUCGAUUUACGUGAACAACAACACCCAGAUCCAAACUCUGGUAAAUUCGAACCAAUCACUGCCGAUAUGGGUAUUUCAAUGCAAAAACAAAUUAAAGCCAAGAAAUAUUUAGAAGUCUCUGCAAAGACUCGUCAAGGUUUAGAAGAAGUUUUCAGUGCUGCCAUUGAAAUCGUUCUUGAAUCAAGAGGUAUGGAUAAAAAGAGUCAAGAUGGUUCUUCAAGUGCAUCUGGUGUUCCAUCAGGUGAUAAACCAACAAAAGGAAAAGCAGGUAAAAAGAAAUCUGGUUGUAUUAUACUUUAA